GCGUUGAUUUAAAUUUCAGAAGGUCAUUGUGAAACAAGUUUAAAAUGCAAGUUGUAAGAAGCUGGGUGGAGCAAGUUACUUCAUAACACAUUGUUCUCUGCUUAAUGUUAUAGUUUUAUGACAGGGAACGUAGAGCAGUCGUGAGCUGCUAAAGUCGAGUAUGUCUGCAACUGGUGAAGGAUUAUGUGUCAAUCUGGUUAAAAUUUGACUUGGAUUUAUAUGUGUUUCUACGUUUUUGUCCCAUGGGGACCACGUCACAGUAUCUCUUUAAGCAAGGGAGCCAGAUCAAACCCAUCCAAUAGGCCUACCUUAAAUAACAAUGGGGGACAUUACUCAAUUAAUAAAAAUUGCAGUUUCUCUGAAAAUACAACCCAAUAACGGCCCGGUGUUUUUCAAAGUAGACGGGCAGAGAUUCGGUCAGAACAGGACGAUAAAAUUGCUAACGGGAUCUGUGGCAGGCUGGCGAGUGGAUAGAGGCCCAGAGACAGACUGCAGUUUCUAUGUGUCUUGCAGAUCAAUGGGUAUAGGUGGAGUGAACUUCCCCUUGGAGCAGACAUCUAAAGACCCUCAAGUUGUCACUUACACUGGAAUCUAUGACGCUGAAGGAAUGACCCAUACCAAAAGUGGGGAUAGGCAGCCUGUGCAAGUGAAUAUACAGUUCAAUGAGGUUGGCAAUUUUGAGUCCGUUUAGCAAGUUAAAUACUACAACUACCACAAGAGGGAUCACUGUCAGUGGGGGAACAGCUCCAGCAGCAUUGAGUACGAAUGUAAACCCAGCGAGACACGCAGUCUCAUGUGGAUCAACAAGGAGAUGUUUCAUUGAGGUUCAACAAAAAAAAGUUGGACAAUAUCUGAGGACUCUUGAAUAUCAACCAGUAAUGAAAUUUGCAACAGGCAUGCAUAUCAAACAACAUCUUCUUAGUAGAACAGUCACUUGUUGCUCUAUGUCAGUUUCCCUAAACCUGGUUAUGUGGAUCUGAGGUAUGUCUGUUGAAAAUACUGUGGUGAAAGUACAGUUUUUGUACUUAAUAACUGUAUUAUUGAUUUUUUUUUUUUUUUUACAACAGUUACAUUGAUAAUAGCAGUAAUCUUUUUACAUAUUUACUUUAAUUGCAAUUGUGUCCAUAUCCUAACUUCUUUAGCAUAUCUGUUUAAUUUUCAAUUACUUAUGGGAAUUCAGCAUCAUGUGGUGAAGCUGCAUUGUACUAUGCUUGAUAUCAUUUUGUAAAAAGAAAAUUGUAUUAUGUGUUAUUUUGUAACAUUUAACUGUUUUGAAUAAUACAUGAAUUACAUGUAAUACAAAAUGUGCUCAAAUUCUUCAGAUAAUGAUAUGCAAUAAACUCAA